GGCAGGGGGACAGUGGGUAUAUUGUACUGUUACUGUGAAAUUUUUCAGGCCCGGUCGGUCGCCUCUAACAAAUCAUGGCUGUCUGGUAAUGUGAACAGUUGGCUGUGAAAGCCAUUAAAGUCGCUGUCGUCCCGCCGUGCCUUUGAGAGUCCUGCCAGGCCGAGACUUACCAACAUGGCCUCAGCGGGAACGUUACCCCGCUGCACAUCUGUCAGACUCCCCGCUGCGGCCACUGUAGUCCUGCUCCUAAUGUCGGGGACCACUGUACAAGCAUCUCAAGGCGACAAGGAGCCGGUUUAUCGGGACUGUGUGAAGCAAUGUGUCCGGACCAACUGCACCGGAGCUCGGCUUCGGGGGUUUCAGUCUGCCCAGCCGCAGUACAUGGCGCUGACAGGUUGGACGUGUCGUGAUGACUGUCGCUAUCAAUGCAUGUGGACCACGGUGGGCCUUUACCAGGCCGAGGGGUACAGAGUCCCACAGUUCCACGGCAAGUGGCCGUUUGCACGCUUCCUGUGUUUUGAGGAGCCAGCUUCUGCCCUGGCCUCUUUGCUGAAUGGCCUGGCUUGCCUUCUUAUGCUGCUGCGAUAUCGAGGCACGGUGCCUCGCCAGAGCCCCAUGUACCACACCAUCAACUCCUUCUCUCUGGUAUCUCUGAAUGCCUGGUUCUGGUCCACUGUGUUUCAUACCCGGGACACCUAUCUGACUGAGAAAAUGGACUAUUUCUGUGCAACCGCAGUCAUUCUUUAUUCAAUUUACCUUUGCUGUGUCAGAACAUUGGGUCUGAGGCGACCUGGGGUGUCCAGCAUGGUGGGAGUCCUGCUCAUCUUGGCCUUUACCUCCCAUGUGUCCUACUUGACCUUUGUCAGUUUCGACUACGGCUACAACAUGGCUGCUAACGCCACCAUUGGCAUGGUGAACCUCCUGUGGUGGCUGUGUUGGUGCUGGCAGAACCGGCGAACCCUGCCAUACUGGUGGAAGUGCGUUCUGGUGGUGCUGCUGCUUCAUGGUCUUGCCCUGCUGGAGCUGCUGGACUUCCCCCCAAUGCUCUGGGUUCUGGACGCUCAUGCUGUGUGGCACCUCAGCACCAUACCAGUGCACUUCCUUUUCUACAGUUUCCUGAUUGACGACAGCCUCUACCUACUGAACACAGAGAAGAUGGGUGUCAAAGUUGAAUAGGAAGAUCUCAUCACCCUCUUCACCAAGCCUGGGCCCUCGCACCUCUCUGAUCAGGGCAGCCGGACACAUGAACAUGGAAGUAGCUCAGCCUCCCAAAUAAUGUGCAUGACACCGCUAUGACUUCCAUCAAAGUAGACUUUGUUUACAGUUCUCUUGUUUUAUUUAUUUUUUAUAUCACAAUUGCUCUACUUAACCUUGGCUUGUGCUGACAUGUGCUCUUUAAUUCUUUUGUCAUUUAUCAUAACUGCAAAACGGGGUGAGGGAAAACGUGUUGUGUUCUAACAGAGAAAACCAUGACGAUUGAUAUCCGUCUCAUGGGUGCUUCUGAAAUUAAUCCCUUGAACUUGGAAGUCUGACAUGCUUAGCUCUGCACAAAUGGCAGCUGACUGUGGCUGACAAUAGAUGGCACCAAAUCCAUUGCUAGGCCAUUAUAACUGACCGCGUUUGGCACAGCGUGUCAGGGUCUAUCUGUGCCAAAAGUGGACUGGCGGGUACAGAGAGGUGCCCCUUGUGAAGUGAGCAGGAGGGGGGGUAGGGUGGAUUGUUCUAGAGAGAGGGGGAAGGGGGGGUUAUGUUUAGUUUGGAGGCCAUUCUAGCUGACUGUUUUUUUUUCUUUUCUCACCAUCACACCUUUAUUUUGGUGCCUGUGUCAUUCGUUUCCAUUGCUGCUUUUGUUUCUUAUACUCUUCAUUAUCCUUUCAGAUUUUUGUUUAACUUUUAUCAGCUGCCUUUGGUGUUUUAAAUCUACUGUCGUCGACCAAUUUGUGUUUUAUUCUGUUUUACUUUGAUUACAUGAUUUAGAAGUUGGGUGGGAUAUGCCUGAUGAUCAUGAGAUGAAAAUACUUUCAUUCACCUGGAUUGCCUUUUAGUGUGAGGAGAAAUUGAUUGAGGUAGGCUAUAUAAGCUGCAACAGGAGUUGUCUAAUCAUGAGUGUCUAAUACAUUCUAGGGUUUGGUGGUGUGAAAGAGUUUAGGUGUCUGUUUGACUCCCAUUACUUUGAUUCGGUUGCAUUUCUUGCUGUAAUAUUCGCCAGAAUGCCACACACACACACACACACACACACACACACACACAAAAUCAGCUGCUAUACAGAUAACUGCCCCAUCAUGUAAAAUACUCAAUUUGCCUCCAUUUCCGCCUUACAUACUUUAUCUGUCAAUGAGCAUGUUUCUUUUUUUAUACCAAAUCUUUAUUUUCCUUUCAGAGCUGUCUCCAAACCUCUCGAAUUAUACAAUUUAUGUCCUCAUCCCUCAGAGUUUCCCUUCUAUAUGUGCACUUCACGGGUGUGUGUACAUUUACAUGCAUUUUUUUGUUUGAAACUCUGCCCAUGCCUUUGUAUUUCUGUGCAAGAACAAUGACCAGUCCAUUAUGUGUCCACACGUUGCCUUGACCUGACAUUGUGUUGUUUUUGCCAUCAUAAACUGAAUCGCUGUGUGUGUGAUUGAGAGAGCAAGAGUGUGCUUAAUCUUUUUGUAAAACUACUGAUGCGUGACUCAUUGCGUAUGUACUGUAUACAUGUGUGUGUGUGUGUGGGUGUUGGAGGUUGGAGGUUUGCUGUGUGAAUGUGUGUGAGACGAAGGGUAAAUUUAGCUUUGCCGACAGCUUGCGAUAGGGGUGGGGGAAGACAGAAAGACAUGGAGAGAUUGUCAUAGGUUUGGGUGGCAAAAAGAUUCCAGAAACCAUGGCAGAGAUACUGACCUCAUGAGAGAAGAAACCUUUUUUAGUGCAUAUUGAAUUGUUAUUGGUCAUAACUGUUUACACGGUAUUCUCAGCUGUAAUCAUGUUUAUUACCAAGGACAUUCCUGAAAUGGUGUCUCGGGCCCAAAUAACACACACUUCUACAUAAAAAAAGAACAAUCUGAUUUUCAAUUUAUAACAGUACCAAAGUAUUUUGUCUGUUGAUAAUCAUUUUAUUGGAAUCUGUCAUAACAAGUUAGACAUUUUUGGGGAAAUUAGCAUUAAACAAACUCCAAUCUGUGCUCUGUAAGUCAUUUCAUUGUUCAUUUUGCCGAUAACCACAUCCCUCCUCUUCUCUCUCACUCAUCUGCUGCCCCCUGCCUGCUGCCCUGUGCACCAUCACCUCUCCUACUGAGUGCACUUUCCCCCACCUCACAUCUAAUAUUUGAC